CUGCCCCGCCUGGAGCUUGGUACAGAAGGUAGCAAGAGAGGCCUCCAUCCCAUCCGUAUGUGUGCGUGUCAUCGCGAGUGUUUGUCAUGCUACGCGUUUUCUCUGCUGAUUAAUGCUUCAUUUGAGCCGAGAAGGUCUGGAACCUUUUGUCUGAAGGACGAAGAACAGGAGGACUUUGAAGAACCAGAGCAGGAGCCGAGAAACCAGUCCUUCCCCUUCAGGAGAGCUCAAGAGUGGAAUCUGGAUCUGACAAAUCAGAAGAGAAGCUGAGUUGAUGUGCUGUGAGAGAACGCCCCCUUGUUUGUGAGGGAAGAACGGCAACGGCUUGUUGGAGAGGGAAUUCGAGUUGGUUGCGGUUCAGCACACUCUGCCAGCAGUUCAAGAGGUCUGUGGUCCAGAGUUAAACUGAGACCAUGAAGGGCUUGGAGCUGCUGCUGUUGCCUCUGCUGCUUAUUCUGAAAGAUGUAAGUGCUCAGUGGAACGUGUGGAUGCCCAGAGACAUUUCAGCCAUGACAAACUCCUGUGUGGUUAUACCCUGUUCAUUCACAUACCCCUCCGGCAUCAGGCCCUACAGAGGGGUCCAUGGGAUCUGGUAUUUCGGCCACCCCUACCCCCAGCUUUUCCCCCCGGUGGUGUACAAGUCACGCACAGAUAUUGUUCAUGAAAGUUACAAGGGCCGGACCAAGCUUCUUGGUGACUUGACACAAAAGAACUGCACUCUGCUGAUAAAUAGUGUCGGUGUGGAACAUUCUGGGAGGUAUUACUUCAGGGCAGACCUGGGUGGCGCAAACAUCUACACUUAUCCUGACUUCACAAAACUACAGGUGUUGGAUCAGCCCAACAUCGAUGUUCCAGAGGAAAUCGUUAGUGACCAAAGCCUGGACCUGACCUGUUAUGUCCCAGACAAUUGUCCAGACAUGAGUCCACAGAUCCACUGGAUGUACACAGACUACCUGCCCGACCCUGUUUUCACCCCAGACAACGUCGAGGAGAGCAACACCGCGGUACUGUCCAGCACCCUCACCUUCACCCCCAAACCCAUGCACAAUGGUCAGCUGCUGGGCUGCCGGGUUCAUUACGAAAACACAACUUUUUAUUACGAACGCCUCAUUUCACUGGACAUCAAGUACGCCCCUCGAACUGUGUGGGUGAAUGUGUCUCAAGAGGUAAUGGAGGGAAGUUCGGUGGUCCUGCACUGUGAUGUGGACAGUAAUCCAGCCCCCACAAUAACCUGGUAUUUUGGAGACAAAGAGCUGAUGUCGGAAGUUGCCUCAAACUCCUCGCUGCCUCUGGACAACCUGGGCCCAGAGGAGGAAGGUGUCUAUACCUGCGUUGGUGACAAUGGCUACGGCAGCAUGAACACAUCCAUGUAUCUGGCAGUUAAUUAUCCUCCAAGGGAGCCAUGGAUAAAUGAAUCUCUAACGUUGUUGGAAGGAUCUUCAGUUUCUCUACAGUGCACCAGCAAAGGAAACCCAAUGCCCACAUUGACCUGGCUGAAGGAUGGGGAACUGGUGGGCACUAUCACAGCAGAGGAGGGAUCUGUGCUUGAGCUGCAUGAAAUCACACCGCAGGCUCACGGAGUCUACCGCUGUCUAGCUGAGAAUGAACACGGACGGGCCAGCAACUCACUCAACAUUACGGUGGAAUUUGCCCCCAUCCUACUUGAUGACUCUAAGUGCACUAUAGUCCGUGAGGGCGUUCAGUGUGUUUGCAUUGCAUCGGGAAACCCUGAGCCUGUGAUUGAAUUCUACCUGCCUGACCUCAACAUCACCAUCAACGACACCAACAGCCUGUUUAACUACCGCACAUACUCAGAUGGGUACACAUCCACGGGCAUCAUCAAGCUCCAGGACAAGGGUGAAAGGGGGAACAAUGGAGAUACAGCUGUCCAUGUUCACUGCAGCAUCAGUAACAUGUACGGCUCCGAGACCAUCCGUUUGGAACUGCAGCAGGAGAAAAAGUUCAUGAUGGCCGUCAUAGUGGGGACUAUCGGAGGUGUGGCAGUCAUCGCCUUCAUCAUCGCAGCUGUGAGAUACGUGGGUCAGAAUAAUAAAAAAGAGAAUGGUAACCCUGGGCAGGACGUGGGGUCUAAAGUGGAGAAUCCCUCAAUGUUCUACAGCGCAGUCAAGAAGGACAAACAGAGUCUCAGGAAAAAAGUGCUUAAGACUGAGCUCCUGGGCUCAAAGUUUAACUCCAUCCUAGAGGAAGGCACGGGAGACGACAGUGAUUACCAAUCUGUUGGCCCGAUUGCAGGCAUGGAGAGGCAAGAGCUGAAUUACGCCGCUCUAGAGUUUUUUCACGGACGACACCGGGAGGGAGGCUUCAGGAGGGCUGAUGGUGACGGCAGCGACUACACUGAAAUUAAGGCCAAAUGAACCGCGAUUCUUCCCUGAUGCCUCGGCCAAACGGGACACUGUGGCCACUAGGGCCCAAUAAUCCCACAAAUUUCCUAUUUCACCCAUAUUCAAUGUGGCCUUUUCAGAGGACAGCUGUCUCGAACAGUUAGUGGACAAUGAGUCUGAGUUUGUUUUAGAUUGAAUUCUCGUACGUCUCCAAGGUUCUAGGAACGAUAUGUUCCCGUAUCAGUAAAAGAUACCAUACAAUAGAGUUUCUUUCUAUAUUUAUUCUUGUUUCUGGGUAUUUAUACUCAUUUUUGACUGUAACCAUACCAGAUUUUUUAAUAAUCUCCUGUUUAAAAAGACAGCACUUUCCAAAAGGAAUUGUCUUUUUCCCAAGCGUCACAAUAGAGCUUAAAGUUUGUAGCAAGCUUAUGGGAAAUGGUAUGGUUUGCAGGCGAGUCUCACUCACUAGUGGUCCUUCUCACUGUGUCCGCUGUAAGUCGAAGCAUCAGGGAACGAGGUGCAAUGUGCGCCUCGACAUAAUGUCUAAGCACUAUCCCAACUCUGGGUUUGUCUGGGAGGACUAACACACUCUCUUAAAUACAGCGGUUGUUUCAGUCUUUUUCUGAGUGUACCAGUCUACAUGCACAUUUCAAUAUUCAUCUGCUGAUACUUUUCUCACAUACCCAGAAGUGAUUGUUAAAGGAAUAGUUCUCCCAAAAAAUUGAAAAUCUGCAAACUCACCUUCAGUUUGUUCCAACUGGAUGUCAGAAGAAUCUUCAUUUUCUUUUAGAACGACAAUAGUUCAUAGUGACCACACCUGUUAAAGUAUAAAAAGUCUACAUAGUAUUAAAAAAGAUAAAAAACAUAUUUUAAAAGCACCUAUUUUAAAUUUUUCAAGAGCCCUAAAGCCAUGUUAACAUCAGUGAUGGAAAAACAUCUAAAUGUGAUGCAGGUUUUUUUUUGCAGGACUCAAAUGUAAAAUAUUAAGGUUGUACAGACCACUUUUGUAGCGCCGUUAUGAUGAUUUUGUUCUUUUUGGUGUUCAUUUGUUCCAUAUGGGUUUGGAACAAAACGAGGGUGAAUAAAUAAUGCAAUUUUCAGUUUUGGGACAUCCUUAUUGUUGGUUUAAAGAGACCCAAAAAUGAAAAAAAAAAUGUCAUCAUUUACCGUUUAGUUCCAAAGCCGUAUGGUUUUCUUCUGUGGAACAUAAAAGAAGAUAUUUUGAACAACGUUGGUGGUAGCAUUGAUUUCCACAGCACAGAAGAAACACAAUGGAAGUCAAUGGCUACAUGAACUUAAAUAUCUUUUAUUAUGUUCAGCAGGAUAAAGAGACCCGUACAUGUUUGGAACAACGAGGGUGAGUAAAUGAUGACAAAAAGUCAAUUUUUGGGUGAGCUGUUCCUUUCAACUUAUAUUGUUUUUUACUUUUAAUUUAUACUGUAUCUUCAUUUAUUUGUAUUUGUAAAUGAAAACAGGCCAGUAACUGGAUUCAAAACUGGUUUAUUGAAUGGUUGCUGGAUUUUGUUUGUCCCAACUACUUUGUGCCCUUUUAUUCAGACAUAUAUUUGUUUUAAAUAUGUUCCAAAUACUCUGAGGAGCAAAAUCACCCUGAUAAUAAUUUAGCCAAUCUUAUAGGAUGUAGUAUAUGAUAAUGCCUGAUGGUCAUCCCUGCCCCGGUACACGCUGCAAUCCAAUAUUAAGCUGAUUUGAUAGAAACAGAAGUCGUAUUAAAUAAUGGAUUGUUGUAGCUCAUCCUUUGAAACUCUAUAAGAAAUAACCACAGUUUGGAACAUAUAGGAUGGUAUCGCUUUACCUAAGGUGCUUGAAAUAAAUGUAAUGUUUUAUGUAAUCAUGUAAUCCUCUGGUAAGGUUGUGUCGAUAGAUGUUUGUUAGAUGGUCAGUAUAUGCGAUUAGCCCUCGAAAUGCAAUUUGACUAACAGAUUAAUGAGUCAUUAUGAUAUUAAAUUAAUUGCAUCUUACAUUUAUCAAGCAUUCAAUGCACCUUGGUAAGAUACCAACGUAUGUAAAUACUCUGCAUGAUAUAUAGUUCUGUGUUGUGAAACUUUGACCACACAACAAGAACAUACAUUGUGCAACAAUGGUGUAUAUUUUGCAGGAAGUCACACACAAAAUGACAUUAUAUGUGCAAUUAGUAACACAGACAGUCCAUGUUUGAAGAUAUAUACACAUAUAUUUAUUUGUAUGCAAACAGAUUGGGGGGCGCAUUUGUAGGUCAAACCUAAUUUUUCACUUUGAGUGUUGUAAAGAAUAUUUGUAUGUAUCUGACUGUGUGAUGGCAAUAAUAAUGAACAAAGUAAUGUUGUCUCCUUAUUGACAUAAUAAUGCAGAACAGAAAACCUCCAAUCGUUAUUUAAAUAAUAAUUUAUACGACGUCCUUUGCUUGCUUUCUUUUUGUUUAAUAAAAGUCUCCAGCCUCAAA